AUCCACAUGGUCCACAUCCGGAGUUGUCACGUGUCAUAACAAACGUGUUCCUGUCUAAAGUUUGGUCCUCUGUUAUCUGUGUUCGGCCAACUAUAACACACCGUCAGAUUCAUGCAACAGUCUAGUAGUUCACUUCACACACACUCGUUGGAAACAACGUAUUGUUGCUGUUAGUAACGGUAGCGUUCCCAACAUCGUGGAUGUUUGCAGGAGUGCCAGUCGUCGUCAGGAUCAAUGGCGUCCUUUGCAACAGAGUUGAUAACAUCAUGUUCCAACAUCGUUUUGUCUGCCACAGCAUUAUACUAUUCCUACAGACUAUUUAAGGAUCACAGGGCUCCUUCAGUAGGCCUCUUCCUGCUCGGACUCUCUGCAGCACUGUGCAUCGUGCAGCCCUCCAGCUCAUACCUCACGUCUUUACAGAGAGAAGCAGAGUGGACCGCCCAGGUUCUGGCUCCAGCGCUGGUCUCCUUCGACUUCCUGUGGCUCAGUGAAGACCACAACACAGCACAUACCCUCCUGUGUGGCUCCUGUCUGCUGCUUGGUCUGUGUGACUGGCUCUCAGCCGAUGCUCUCACGCUGAUGACGCGCUGCCUCGGUUUGUCUUCCCUGUCCUGCUGUCUGACGGUCUGUCUGUUUGCAGGGAAUGCUUUAGGGGCCUUUGGCGGUGUGGCCCUCAGCCUCCCAUUGCUUGUGGCUCAGAGGGUCGGAACAAAGACUUUCGCUCCACUCAUUUCUCAAGCUGCAACUGAGGGACUCAUCAAGUGGCUUUUAAAGGGCAUCAUGUCUGUGGGCUGUUGGGCCUCCACACAGGCCCUUGGCAAGUUCCUGUUGGAUGUGACUGAGCAAUGUAUCAUGGACCUUUAGAAAAUCUGUAGAUAUCUGUAUGAUGAGUCAGGAUCCGUGUAUAGUGAUGGACUUGGACAACAUACACAACAGUACAAAAGUCAACUGGUACUGACCAAAAGGGACCCGUGCAAAAGUGAAUGUGCCUAACUUAUUAGCAUUUCAGAACAUUUCUGAAAAAGAGUUGUGCUGCACAAUUUUUGCGAUUACAACAAACUUUUUCAGGAUGUUUUUAACUGGAUUAAUUUGUAUUAUAUUAAUAAUAAUAAUAAUAAUAAUAAUAAUACAUUUUAUCUUGUAUUUUAAGGUAUAAAAAGAUUGCAGUAGAGUUGGAGUGAGAAGUGGAUUCAUCGAUUAGUAAAUUGACUCAAAAUGAAAAGAUACAAUAUAUACAAUACAUUUUCUAAAUGAUUUAUUAAGAAAUUAUUGAUUAUUUCGUAAAAUGCCACACAACAGCUGAUGGAGGAAUUGCUGUUUUUUUCUUUGUUUAGUCAUGAUAAAACAAAUAUCAUUGAGAUAAAGACUGUUGAGAUAAAAAGCAAUCCAAAGAGUUCACCUUUCGCACUUGGAAACAUUUUAAAAUAUAUUCUGACAUUAUCUUACAGAUAAUAUGACUCAUUUAAGAUUUUAAGAAAGACAAUGUAAACAUUUGCAUUUCUUUCUUCAUUAUUGAGGCCACAUGCACUAAAGUAUAACAUGCUAGGGCUGCUCGAUUAUGGCAAAAGUCAUAAUCU